AUGGAUGAUGUUAAUUAUGAUUCGAUUUUUGGUAUUUUAGAUCAAGCAGUUGAUGCAGAAAGAAAUGCAACUGAUAAUCAAACAUCAGAAAAUUCGAAGCAUAACAAUGAUUCAAUUUUGAAUUUGAAUCUAAACCCAAAUGAACAAGCUGAUGAUCCAGUCGAGGGGGAGCACUUGGAUUCAAAUAGUUUUGUUGAGGGGGAGAAUUAUAGUGAAAGAGAUAACAUGUCAACAAAUGUUAAUGUCGAAAGGGAGCCAAUUCUUGAAGAAGAGCCGAUCAAUGAACCAGAGCAAAAUAUCGAAACGGAGUCAAUCAUUGAGGGGGAGCCUAUACUUGAGAAUGAUCAAAAUCAUGAACAAGAAAAUUUUGAUGAUACUGAUGAUUCAAUUUCCAUAAUUGGAUCAGAAACAGAUGUAAUGUUCGAAGAUGCACUUUUGGAUUUUGAUCCUAAUUAUCCACCAUUGGAUAAAUGGACAAGAAAUCAUCCAAAAGAUCAAAUUCUUGGUGAUCCUCAAGCAGCUCCGGUGUCUCCAUCUUCUAAGAAACGAAGGGCUGAAGAUGUGGCAAAAUUUCUAAAAAAAACCCAACGUAUAGAAGAAGUGGAUCAAGUUCAUGAGACUCCUGAAGAUGAAAUUCCUAAAGAAGUAGAGAUUCUUCAGUCUAUUGAAAUUUCGAAGCUUGAUGAUAUAAAUCUCAUUAAACCAACAUCUUUACCUCAGGUUACUUCCACAACUGAUUCUCCAACAUUCCAAUCUAUUAUGGAUCAACCUUUCACCACUAUAUUCUCAACACAAUCAACCGAUCCACCAAAUCCAUCAUCACCUGUUGCUGAAACCAUGGCUGUUGAUGAGGAAACUGAUAACGAAGGAUUUGGAGGAACAUUCGAAGCUCUUUCAUUUGAUAAAGCUGAAGAAGAUUUCCCUAACCAUAUGCUGAUGACGAUGAAGCAGUUCAAGAUAUUGAAUUCAAAAUUAAAUUCUAUCUUGCAAUCUCAAGCGGAUGUGGGAAGUGCUGGAAUCACUAUCAUGGAAGUUGAUUCCAUAAUAAAGGAAUUGGAAAGAAGGAUAAUUUCGAAGGCAUCAGGGUUAAUACGUGAUUCUGAAAGCCGCAUUCUUGAGAAAACUGAUCAGAAUGAUAGUUCUACAGAGAAUAGAAUCAAUUCUCUGAGAUCUGCUUUUCUGAAGGAAGUGAAGGAUUUGAAGACUAUUACGAAGGAGUGUCAUGUGCUCUUUGUACAGGAAGUUAAGAAGAGUUCAUCUGGGGCUGCCUCUGUGCUUUUGACUGGCUCAAGUGUAGAGCUUGGUGUCCCAGUUACUGUUCAUCAGAUCAAAAGAUGUGGAGAAAUGGCACGAAAGUUGCGGUUCUUCAAAGAUCAAAUGUCAAAGGCGGACUGUUUGCCACCUGGACCUCGUGCUGGUGAAUUCAGUCGUAUGUCAUUGUCAGGAGGUGAAUUCAGUCCCAUGUCAUUGUCAGGAGAAAACUCGGGCACUAACCUCAAUCUAAGGCUACAGAUUCUUCCACAAAAGUUAAACAAGAAAUCAGGGAAAAACUCCAAACCUAGUUCAGACUUCAUUGCACCUACGGGUGGUGUUGCAGGUACAAGUGUUGCUAGGCUGCCACUUUUUCCUGAAUAG